CAAAAUUUAUGGUUUCACUUGGUGAUAGAAUUGGAUGUUCGAGUUUGUUUCAUGGAAAUCUCCUGCGCUUCCAUUGUUGGGAUGGCCGCAAUGGGUCUUUAGACUCCCCCAUUUAGCCUCACACUUUUGUAAUUCCUUCAAUUGAACAAGAUAAUUGCAUCAAGGUCACUAGAUGCACCAGUUAGGAUGUGAUCAAUGCUCUGUUGGGAGCAAUUAAGUAGGAGCCUUCGAUAAUAUUUUACCCAACGGAGGGGUUUGCCCAUAAGAAAUGAAUGGAAGAAUAGGAUCCAUGUAGCCGAUCCCAAAAAUUUGAGAUUAAAGGCUUUGUUCUUCUUCUUGUUGUCGUUGUCGUCAUGUAAUUACAUCAAGGUGGGAUUCAGCAUCUAUGAGCCAUUUAGUCGGCCAGAAUACUCCUGAUUAUAUUUUCAUGUCAUGGGAGGAAACUAUCAAUAGACCCAUUUCAUAUUGGAUCAUCCAAAUUACCAUGAGAGGGCUUCAAUCAACUUAUAUGGAAUAUUGGACGAAUCUUCUAUUUUGAGGCGCAAAUUAGACUGUGUAGGAUAUCUUGUCAACUUUGCACACGCAGGAAACUGGGCAUACAUACCUGAGAUUAACCCUUUAUGCACCUUGAGAAAGGGGUUGGGAAGUCAUGUCUUCUUCUGCAGUUCACUGAUAAAAGGUUCCAACCUGUGCAUGACCUUACAAUUGGUGUUGAGUUCGGGGCUAGGAUGAUAACAAUUGACAAUAAGCCCAUAAAGUUGCAGAUAUGGGAUACGGCAGGGCAAGAAUCUUUCCGAUCUAUUACAAGAUCCUACUACAGAGGUGCUGCUGGGGCCCUCCUGGUCUAUGAUAUUACUAGGAGAGAAACAUUUAAUCAUCUAGCAAGCUGGCUGGAAGAUGCGAGGCAGCACGCGAAUGCUAAUAUGACAAUCAUGCUGAUAGGAAACAAGUGUGACCUAGCUCACAGGAGAGCUGUCAGCACGGAAGAAGGAGAGCAGUUUGCUAAAGAGCAUGGUUUGAUCUUUAUGGAAGCCUCUGCAAAGACUGCACAAAAUGUUGAGGAGGCAUUUAUUAGCACAGCAUCAAUGAUCUACAAGAAAAUCCAGGAUGGGGUGUUUGAUGUAUCCAAUGAGUCUUACGGCAUAAAAGUUGGAUAUGGAGGGAUCCCAGGGCCAUCUGGCGGAAGAGAUGGCUCCUCUUCACAAGCGGGGGGCUGCUGCAGUUAAAGAACACGUACUUGCCUCAUAAUGGGAUCUGCUGCUGCUGCUGCUGCUGCUGAUGCUGAUGAUGAUUUCAAUCCUAUACUGAUACUGUUUGUUUCCCAUCAUUUUGUGGUAUCGGGAUGUGUCUUCUCUUUUAAACUGAGCCCUCUCUCCGUUGCAUAUAUUGGAUGAUUUCAAAUGACAGAUAUUGUACAAUCUCCUAACUUCUCUCCUUUGUACAUCUUGUAUUCACUGUAUUUGAGUAUGAAGAAUUGAUUUGGGUGUCCUUGGUGUUAUGUAACUAACAAAUAAUAAUAAAUUCAGUUUGCCCUUCUGAUGAUUAA